UGGGCGGCAUGAAAGAAAAAAAAAAGAAAAAAAAAAGGGAAAAUGCUGAAAAAGACAAAAGAUAGAUUAUGGGUGUCCUCUCCCCUUCUUUCCCUCCACGUUGUUCCCGUCACGUCUCCCUCCUCAGGCAUCCUUCCUUCUCUUGCUCUGUUUCCAUCCGAUAAUCAAGGAAACAAAAACAAACAAAUCAAAACAAAUUUCUUAGGAUAAUAAAAACAUUUUUCUUGAUCUUCCCCGUUUCUCUUGAUUUUUCGGAAAAAAAAAGGGAAAGAAAAAUCCCAUCUUUUGCACAUGUUCAUGUCGUUUCAAUCCCAUUGUUUUGCAUGAAAAUUAUCGAUUGACGGCCCGUUCAGCUGCCCUUUUCAUUCUUUCAUUGCGGCCAUUGGUGGGCUGAGUUAUCGGGGACCCUUGUUGAUCAUCGGCAGAAGAACAGAUCGAGAAAAAUAAAUAAAUAAUAAGGGAAUUUCCAUUUUUGUUAUUUUUUGUGGAAAUUCCUGAGACAGGGCCGCCAUUGUUGUUUGUGUGUGUUCAUGUUCGAGGAUAGGAAGUGUUUGGGUUUUCCGAUGAAAUGAGAAGUAAACAGAGGGAAUGGGGAUGCAAUGAUCUGAGAAUAAGUGAUGGAGAUGACGAGAGGCGGCAAUGGUAUGGUUCUCGUGUUUGCUCUGCUCUGCGUGCUGGCCUCCAGAAGCUCUGAGGGCCGACCACGGCCAAUCCACCGGCUCUCCCGCCAUGGAGGCAUUGUUUUGCCACCUUCGUUCAUGGACCAACACAUGGAACUUGUAGAUGCCCUGAAAUCGGUGAUAAUCUCGAAAGUGAAUAUUGAAGAAGCCGUGGAUACUCUGCCUCCCUCAAUGAAACAGUCCGUCCUGGAAUGCUUGCGAGAGGCAAAUCCUCAAUUCCGUGUCUCGUCGUCUGAGGAUGUCAUCUCGAAAGACUGGUUCCUCAAGUGUGUAGCUUUUCCCCGGUCAUCCUGGAUUAACAUUCCGAUGAGAAGAAGCCUAGAAGAGGACCUUCCAAAUCCUCUGAGAGACUCUCCAAGAACUCCUCCGUCUCAGAGCCGCAGGACUAGCCGGAGCCCUGCCCCGGCUCCGUCUCCGCCCCAAAAGUCUGGGGCCCCACCGAAACAUGCUCCUGCUUCCACUCCCUCUAGGCAUAUUGCUCCAUCUCCUCCCCCCGAUUCUUCAGCCUUGCCACCUGACCUGCCCGAGAUCAUCGAGGCGCCUUACAUGCCCACAAAGAACACCCAUCCUCCUCCUCCACCGCACCUCCCGGCUAAGAAGAUAGAAGAGGACGAUGAUAACUGGAUAAAAUUAGUUGUUGCUGUUGCUGUAACUGCUGCGGCGUCAUUUCUUCUCGUCGCAUUUAUCUUCUUGUGCUGUCUCCGGAGAAAAAAGAAAGUUCGGGAUGCUCACAAGGACGAUAGCCCUCUCCUAAAUUUGAGCUCGAGUGAUUACUCUGCCAGUUCUUCACAGAAAUCACUUAGUAUCGGAAACUCGAGCAAUAAAGACUUCAGCACAAGUGGAAAGAAUCCUUCCUCCGUCAACCACUUGCCAACAGUGUCUGAAAAUCACAGCCUAACAGUGCCUGCGGCAUUAGCAGAGACAAACGCAUCAGUUGGGGUUCCCCCUCCGUCGCCAGGUAAGGCGGCCCCACCACCCCCACGGCCGCCACCGCCACCUCCUCCUAAGCCCCGUCCCCCGCCACCACCAAAGAUUGCCCGCCCACCGCCUGCUCCACCGGCCAAGCCAUCUCAUAGCCGAGGAAAUAGUUCAAUGAGCGACGGAGAUGAAAGCAAUGGAGACCCUGAAGCUCGAAAAGCGAAACUGAAGCCAUUCUUCUGGGACAAGGUCAUGACAAGCCCCGAUCACGAGAUGGUGUGGCAUGACAUUAAAGCCGGGUCCUUCCAGUUCAAUGAGGAGAUGAUGGAGUCAUUAUUCGGUUAUGCAGCAGACAAGAACAAAGGCGACCGCAAAAAAGAUUGUUCAUCUAUGGACAAUGCUGUGCAAUACAUUCAAAUUAUUGACACCAAAAAGGCACAAAAUCUCUCCAUCCUUCUCAGAGCACUGAAUGUGACGAUAGAAGAAGUAUGCGAUGCCCUUCAAGAAGGUACGAAGCUACCCUUGGAGCUUGUGCAGACACUUCUGAAGAUGGCUCCGACAACUCAGGAGGAACUGAAGCUCAGACUAUACAGCGGCGAUCUCUCUCGGCUGGGACCUGCAGAGAGAUUCCUGAAGGUCCUAGUCGACAUCCCCUUCGCAUUCAAACGGCUUGAAGCUUUGCAGUUCAUGAGCAUUGCUGAGGAGGAAGUGUCUACCGUCAAGGAAUCCCUCGAAACUCUAGAGGUUGCUUGCGGUAAGCUCAAGAACAGCAGGCUGUUCCUUAAGCUUUUAGAAGCAGUACUCAAGACCGGUAACCGGAUGAAUGAUGGGACAUACCGAGGAGGGGCCCAGGCAUUCAGACUCGACACACUGCUAAAACUGUCUGAUGUAAGAGGUACAGACGGGAAAACAACACUCUUGCACUUCGUCGUACAGGAAAUCAUCCGCUCUGAGGGAAUACGAGCUGUCCGCACAGCGAGAGAGAGCCAGAGCACCUCAAGCAUGAAGUCUGAUGAUUCUGCGCUAGAGGAUUCGAACAACGAGUCAGCCGAACAUCUCCGCACCCUUGGGCUCCAGGUUGUUUCAGGGCUGAGCACCGAGCUCGCAGACGUGAAGAAGGCUGCAAUAAUUGAUGCUGAUAGCUUAUCAGGGUCCGUGGCGAAGCUAGAUAACUCACUGGUGAAGGCCCGUGAGUUCCUCAACACGGAGAUGAAGAGUAUGGAGGAGGACAGCAAGUUCUCAAAAGCACUGUCGGGCUUCGUGGAACAAAUGGAAGCAGAAGUUGCAAGGAUCUCAGCGGAGGAGAAGAGGAUCACAGCUCUGGUUGAGAGCACGGCAGAUUAUUUCCAUGGAAAUGCCGGGAAAUCGGAAGGUCUAAGGCUCUUUGUGAUUGUACGGGAUUUUUUGCUCAUGUUAGAUAAGGCGUGCAGGGAGGUUAGGGACUCGGGGAUGCACUUGAGCAAGUCAUCAAAGAAGGAGACAUCAGCAGCCCUGACAGAGUCUCCCUCAAGAGAUAACACUCGCCCGUCGCCUAUUGAUAUGCGCCAGCGGCUCUUCCCAGCGAUUGCGGAACGUCAGAUGUACAAUUCGAGCUCCUCCGAUGAUGACAGCGACGCUGAAGAUACAUAGUUUCCUUCAAGAGAAUCCCGAGUUGAAAGGAAGGCUUCGCUUUAUUAUUGGAAAGAUGGAGCCUACAGCAAGCAGGGAAAUCCAUAUUUUUCCCAAUUGGAUUCUCCUGUGGGGCUCGGCUUUGCCGAGAAAAGCAAGGGUUGCACAAUUCUUUGAAUGUUGUAACAGGAGAAUUAGGGAAAUCUAUGUUUGUAUCAUACUUUUAAACCCAUAAGAUAACUCUGUUGAAUAGACUGACCAAAGAAAUUAUAACUUGAAACUGUCCUGCAGCAGAAGUAACUGCAAAUGUUUAU